CAAGGCAGUCUCAAAUACAUCCGCUGUGUGAGCUUCGAAUCCCUUGGCUGACAACCAAAUCCCCUCAAAGCACAACAGCCUGAGGCGAGGAGAAGGCUUGGGAGUGAAACAGCACCCCGAUGCACAGCGAGACACACGACUAGAGGCAGCAAGGUCGACUGCAUGUGGUCUGAACGGCGCCGAAACUCCGAAAACUAAGGAUGAGGCCUAGGAGGAAGCAGUCCACUGUGUCCCUGCUGCCCACCAUCACGGAGGUGCAGGAGGGCGUGCCGCACAUCUACCACAUCCAUUCCCUGGACGACUACAUGGACACCAUGCGGGGGCUCUCUCAGCCCUCCUGUUAUGCCUACCAUGGCAGCAUCAACCCCCAAGGCUGCAGGACGCAAUCCGCCAAAAUGCCCACCCGACGCCAGGCCAAGUACCCAGACAUGAUGUCAUCGUCAUCGUCGUCGUCGCCGCUGCCGCCACCAGCCACGUCGGCGUCGGCGAACCCCGGCCAGACGCUGGCCCUGGUGGCGGCCAGCGCAGAGAGCAUCUCCCUGAACAUGGUGCCGUCGCGGUCGGACAGUCGGGCCUCUUGGUGGCCGCACCAGGACCCUCUGAGCUGGCUGUUCACGCGGUCCCAGGGAGCAGCCGCGGCCGCGACCGCGUCCGACGCGGUGUCUUUGGUCUGAAGGACAGGAGCCUCAGAGGGUUGUGUUAUCGCUCAGUGCUGAAGGGGACGAGUCUGGAGUGUGCUUUUGCAAGCACUCAAAAACACUGGCUGACUGGUGUUACUGACUUUGUGCAGUGAUGCAAACUAAUAUCUGCUGUUUGAUUGCCAGCUUUGCAUACUCAAAGGGGCUUGGCUAUCUAACAUGCAUUGGAUUUCUUUUCUUUUCUAUAGUCCUUUUAAUACUUCAAUUACUUCAAUACUCUUCAAUACUUGAAUAAGGACGUACAACACAAAGUGGAAUAUGGUCUUGGCUUUUUAUAAUGCAUUCGUUUCCUUCUAUACUGACUUUAAAUCUACUUGAAUACCUAAAUAAGGGCUGCCAAAUGACAACAGAAUGAAGACUGCUGCUUAAGUUUCGUUUUCCUCUAAGUCAGACAACCUGCUGAAAAGGCAAACAGAUGUGGCUUGGCAAGUCGCCCUUGUGUUACUUAACUGUUUAGUUAAGAUCUGAAU